AUGAAGAGUGUAGCUAUCACAUUGAAAGUCUUGAAUACAUCUAUCAGUCUCACUGAAAAAGUCAAACUUGAAAUUAAGAAGAUUAAGUUGAAUAUUGAAAGAGUUAAAUUGAAGAUUGAAAAGAAGAAAAUCACUAUGAAGAAGAAGAAAAUUAUCAUUGAAAAGAUAAAAUUGAAUAUUGAAAACACAAAGCUUGCUGUUCAACUUAUGAAACAAUCACUGAAACACUGGGUGCCACCUAACAUCAAAUUCUAUGUUGACGAUGUGGAGAAGGACUGGACAUAUGGGCCUGAUGAGGCAUUCGACGUUAUCCAUGCACGGCAGAUGGGAGGCAGUAUCAGCGACUAG